AUGGCCCAUCAUCUGAGUGUACGCGAUGCGUUGCAAUUGUUCCGCGUUGCUUCCCUUCCGCCUGACUUCUAUUACAUUCCCAACUUCAUCUCCGAGGAGGAAGAGGCAUCGAUACUUCAAAAGAUACCCGCCCAGCGCUGGAUUAGUCUCUCACAUCGACGACUGCAAGCCCAUCCGUCAACAUUAACCAAGAACAACACGCUCCUCACCGCCCCUCUCCCACCCUACCUUGUAAAUCCUGUUGUGGAAAGGUUCAAAGCGAUCGAUAUAUUUGCGAACACGCCACACAAGGAACCCAACCAUGUUCUCAUCAACGAGUAUCGGCGUGGCCAAGGUAUCAUGCCCCACGAGGAUGGAGGCGCUUAUGCUCCUGUCGUCGCGACCGUGAGUUUGGGUGCACCGAUAUGUUUGGAGAUCAGUCGGAAGCCUGCCUCUAGAGAAGAUGAGAAUGGAGCAACCCUUCAAGAGCCAGCUGACACACCCCCGUCACUGCCGCUAUCGACCCCGUCCUACAACAUUCCAACGCGAAUACUCCAGGAACCCCGCUCGCUAUUGAUCACCACAGGAUCCGCGUACACAGAGUUACUCCAUGGAAUUGCACCGCUUGAGGUCGACGAGGAUCUUGGCUCUGCCACGGUUGCUAAUUGGGAUCUGUUGGCGGAACCGUAUGUUUUUGAGGAAUCUGGUAGACGCAAUGAACGAGACACGAGGAUCAGUCUGACAUACAGAGAUGUCUUGAAGGUCAGCUCAGCCGCGAGUAAGGUUUUUGGAGGACUAGGGAAACGAUGA